AUGGCGCGAAAGUACGGCGGUGUUUCUGAAUUGGGAAAGAAAAUCAAGGAAUGGCUUGAAACGGCCGAUGGAGCAUGUCCUAUCGCACCUUGUACUGUGGUCGUUAACGACCAAUACAGUAUCGACGACAAGGCUGAUGUGCCAGCUAAAUUUAGAGAUGACCUAUAUGCAGGCCCUGUUGCUAAGGGAAAGCAGGGGGAUGAUACUACUUCGGAAGAUUCGAACGAUUCGGAUUAUAAGCCGCCGCCGGCGCGGGCGGCGGCGGCGGCCCCGGAGGAAGAGGAGGAAGUGGUGAGGGUCAACGUGGAUGAGGGAGUGAUAGGCCCACCUGGAGAGGGCCCAUUCAAGAAAGCCUGGACACAUGUGGACCGAAUGGCUCAGCUUUUUAGUGACGUCGAUGGCCUCGACCUUCCAGGCGAAAAGGAUGCGAAUGGAGAAUGGAUCGAGUUUUAUAGUGCAAAUAAGUACGAUCCAGUAGAACAUCUUUUCCCUGCCAAUGAACGCGACGCCCGAAUGAAAGCUUAUAAAAAGCAAUGGGCCGGUGGAGUCAUACCAGAUGAUAAAAAGCAGGUUCAGGCCUGGUACGGAAUCCUUACCAAGGGAGUAAUUAUUAUCGAAUAUAUGGCGCGUAAUCACGACGAGCCACCCAUAAGCGAGGUCACAAAUGCGCUAUAUUCAGACCUGGUCCCUGAAGAUGGCUUAAAGUAUGUUUUUGUCCACGAUAUCCAGAAUGUCCAUACUAGGGAUUUUAUCUCCAAGAUGCUCUUUGCAGCACAUAACGGGCAUAAAUGGCCCCCUGGAGGCGUGGGUAAUGAAAGUUUAUGGAGGUAUGACUCUAAUACAGAAGAAUAUGAAGGUCUUAUGGGCACAAAUAUUGGCAGAAUGGUAGGAUAUUGGCUAUUGGGCCGCUAUCCACGUGGGACCUGCACAAUCCCUACCAUCUAUAUAGCACUUUCAGGGGUGGACACUCCCCAAAAAAAACUUAUUGACUUGUUAUUCGGAGUGAGACCGACUGCGCCCGCACAUGAGCUGCCGAAAGAUGGAGCUGUCGUGGUGGAAGGUCUAGCUCCAGGUGCGCUCAAAGUAGCCGGGCCUGCGCUUAAGGCAGGAAUACCUUUGCCAGGGAUUAAACCAGCUUUUGAACCGGUGCCGCCUCUUGGUGGAAAGCCACUUGCAGCAGCUAUAGCAGCUAUACCACCGGCGUUUGGGCCGGUGCCGCCUCCUGGUGAAAAGCCAUUUGAAGCAGCUAUAGCAGCUGUACCACCCACUGCGCAGGAAAUUCGCAAGAGGAAUCAGAGAGACAGAGAAGAGCAACAGGAGGCGGACGUAGAGGCGCGAUUUGGCAAAUUACGCUCGGGAAAGCAACGGAAGUUCAUAUAA